AUAUGUUGUAUUCAGACAAUGGUAACACGACCCAUUCAGUGUGCCCUGAUGAUCAGUGUAGCACCAUCAGUGCCACCUGUCAGUGUCCAUCAAUGCCACCUGACAGUGCCCAUCAGUGCCACAUCAAUGCCACAUAUCAGUGCCUACCAGCACACAUCAUUGCCACAUAUCAUUGCCCAUCUGAGCUGCCUUUCAGUGCCACCUAUCAGUGGCAGUCAGUGCCACCUAUCAGUGCUAGUCUGUGCCGCCUAUCAGUGCUGCCAAUCAGUGCCAGUCUGUACCACCUACCAGUGCGCAUCAGUGCCGCCUAUCAGUGCCCGUCAGUGCCACCUAACAGUGCCAGUCAG